UCCAGCCCUCCUGAUGGGGUCCCUCUUAUUCCUCCAAGCUCACCUUGUUCCUUCCUAUAUCCCCAACCCCACAGACCACUGCUAGGCACAUAUAGGCGUCAAUGAUCAAAUUAACCAAUGAUUCAUCCCUCGAUCAUCAUCAUCUAUUUUUAAUGAUAGGCAUAUAGUCAGAACUCAAAUGUUUACAGAUAGAAUGCAGCACCGUUCCGCCAAGCCCAGGUGGCGAGUCCUCUUGGCAGCUGAGGAAAACGGAGGCUCAGACUGGGGGAGUGUGCCCCUGGGGUCCCUCCUUCCCAACCUUCAGCGAGGCCCGGGGAACUCACUUGGACCUCACAGGAGCUUCCCUCAAAACGCCCCGCCCCGCGGUGGGGAACAGCCGAAACCACGUGGGGCCAGAAGGUCACGAAGUCCUGGAAGCCCCGGGGACAGUCCUCCCAUAGGCCACCUCCCACCCCCGGGCUAUAGAGACAGAGGGACAGAAGGGCCGCCCUCGCGCUGCCGAAGCCCCGCCCCCGGCCCUUCGCCCGCCCGCGCCUUCAGCGGAAGCCGGAAGCGAAGGCGGGCCCUGCUAGCCCCGCGGCUCCGAACUCGGUGGUCUUGGAGGCUCCGCAGGAUGGGGCAGAAGAUGGCGGAAGAGGAGUUCCCCAACACAACUCACGAAGGUUUCAAUGUCACCCUCCACACCAGCCUGGUUGUCACUACAAAACUGGUGCUCCCGACCCCUGCCAAGCCCAUCCUCCCUGUGCAGACAGGGGAGCAGGCUCAGCAGGAGGAACAGUCCAGUGGCAUGACUAUCUUCUUCACCCUCCUUGUCCUAGCUAUCUGCAUCAUAUUGGUGCAUUUACUGAUUCGAUACAGAUUACAUUUCUUGCCAGAGAGUGUUGCUGUUGUUUCUUUAGGUAUUCUCAUGGGAGCAGUUAUAAAAAUUAUAGAGUUUAAAAAACUGGCAAAUUGGAAGGAAGAAGAAAUGUUUCGUCCAAAUAUGUUUUUCCUUCUAUUGCUUCCACCUAUUAUAUUUGAGUCAGGAUAUUCACUACACAAGGGUAACUUCUUUCAAAAUAUUGGUUCCAUCACCUUGUUUUCUGUUUUUGGUACAGCAAUUUCUGCUUUUGUAGUAGGUGGAGGAAUUUAUUUUCUGGGUCAGGCUGAUGUAAUCUCUAAACUCAACAUGACAGACAGUUUUGCAUUUGGCUCCCUAAUUUCUGCUGUCGAUCCAGUGGCUACUAUUGCCAUUUUCAAUGCACUCCACGUAGACCCAGUGCUCAACAUGCUGGUUUUUGGGGAGAGUAUUCUCAACGAUGCCGUCUCCAUCGUCUUGACCAACAUGUGUGAGCUGGAGACCCAAACAGUUUUGCCAAAAAACAGAAAAGGCACCAACAGUCAAAGCAGCUGGAGAAGAGAGCCCUGUGUAGUGUGUCGGAGAAGAGCCAUGAGAAUUUUAGGAGCCAGCAGUGUUCUGUUAGAGAAUAAAAUUCAACUCAUUUACGUGCUAAAGCAUAUUGACUUGAGGAAAACGCCUUCCUUGGAGUUCGGCAUGAUGAUCAUUUUUGCGUAUCUUCCUUAUGGGCUUGCGGAAGGAAUCUCACUCUCGGGCAUCAUGGCCAUCCUGUUCUCAGGCAUCGUGAUGUCCCACUAUACGCACCAUAACCUGUCCCCGGUCACCCAGAUCCUCAUGCAGCAGACCCUCCGGACCGUGGCCUUCUUGUGUGAAACAUGUGUGUUUGCAUUUCUUGGCCUGUCCAUUUUUAGUUUCCCUCACAAGUUUGAAAUUUCCUUUGUCGUCUGGUGCAUAGUGCUUGUACUGUUUGGCAGAGCAGUGAAUAUUUUCCCUCUUUCCUACCUUCUGAAUUUCUUCCGUGAUCAUAAAAUCACACCGAAGAUGAUGUUCAUCAUGUGGUUUAGUGGCUUGCGGGGUGCCAUCCCCUAUGCCCUGAGCCUGCACCUGGACCUGGAGCCCAUGGAGAAGCGGCAGCUCAUCGGCACCACCACCAUCAUCAUCGUGCUCUUCACCAUCCUGCUGCUGGGCGGCAGCACCAUGCCCCUCAUCCGCCUCAUGGACAUCGAGGACGCCAAGGCGCGUCGCCGGAACAAGAAGGAUGUCAACCUCAGCAAGACCGAGAAGAUGGGCAACACAGUGGAGUCGGAGCACUUGUCGGAGCUCACCGAGGAGGAGUAUGAAGCCCACUACAUCAGGCGGCAGGACCUCAAAGGCUUCCUGUGGUUGGAUGUCAAGUACCUGAACCCCUUCUUCACACGGCGGCUGACCCAGGAGGACCUCCACCACGGGCGCAUCCAGAUGAAAACCCUCACCAACAAGUGGUACGAGGAGGUGCGCCAGGGCCCCUCUGGCUCUGAGGACGAGGAGCAGGAGCUGCUGUGACCGAGCAGGGCCCCCCCACGUCCCUGGGAUGGACACCCAGCAAGCGCCCCUGAGGUGCGUGCAUUUGGCAGCCUCUUCAGGAAGAUGAAAGCCUGGUGGAGCCAAGAUGCUGCCUUCUUUACCCGGACCAUCUAGGCCAGCUGGCUUCUGAAACAUGUCAUCUCCCACUCCUCACCCAGCCAGACCUCUGCUCAAAGCGUCACUUCCAGCCUGCAGAUUAGAUGGAAACCUGUCCAGGUAAAUGUUUCCUUUUGCUUCUGCAGCCAAGACAAACAGUCAUCUGUCCAUCCCAGGUGCCUGCGAGGAGAAAUCCUGUGUGGAAGCCGCUGUGACUGGGUGUCCUCGGGGGAACGCUGGUCUGCAGUUUCUGUCAUUCCCAGCUAACGCCAUCAUCAUGACCCUAGGGGCGGGCAGAGCGAGGAGCCAGCUGCCAGUUUCCCUAUCAUCAUCAAGGUGCCUUGGGCCUCAGCAUCAGCAGUUCUGACCUACGUGGCAGGCCCAGAAACCUUGAAAACCUCACACUCCCCUUUGUGAUGUUGCUUGCACACCCUGAGAAAGAAAAACAGUGACCUUUUUCUUCUUUACCUCUGACGGGCACCUCGAAGGCUGUCUCCCUGGGUGACAGGCAGCCACUGCCUUCUCUGGGAAUACUGUGAAUGUUUACACUGGUAACCAGCACGUAGGCACAGGCCUUUCUUUGGAGCCCCUUUGGAAGCUGCAUCGCUGGUUUUGGGGUGAGUGGGCCUAUUUUGUGGUGUCAGAGCGCCCUCUAGAGGACAAAUCUAACAGUACAGUGCUUAGGCAGGCCAGCAACUUCUGAAUUUAGUUUAAAUUCAUGCACUUGAACAAAGUGGUGUGUCCAGAGGCCCCUUUUCUUGGGCUCCAUGGGGUCUGCCCACCGUUUACUUGCUGCCACCUUCACAGCUAAUCAGCAUUUCCUCUUCCCAAGUCUCUACUGUUUGGGGUCCCACUUGUCCUCCAUGCCAGGGUCCCAGUUCGCCCAAGCAUGGCGACGGGCCAGAGCCUGCCACCCCCUCCCCAGUGGCCUGCAUUCACAUGCAUCCGAUCCCCACCUAAAAUCCCCAAGCAGCCACUGGGACCCCAGGACCUGUUCCUCCCGUCUGUCACAGAGUGCUUACACUCUCUCCCGUACACAUACCCCGCCCUGACUUCAUGGGCCUGGCCCCCGGGCCUCUGAGGACAAAGAGCUGCCAAUCAUGUCCAGAUGAUUUGGAGUUAGUGACUUUCACAUCCACUCCUCACCUGCCCUAAUUUAACAAGCCUCGUACCUGCUUGCCGUUGCCCAUCUAUGGGCUGUUUUGGCAUUUCCAUGUGUGGCUCAGGGUCCCAGCUGGAGCUGGGACUUAGCACCCUCUGGGUGAUUUAAUUCAUCAUGUACAUGUGCUUGGUUCUCUGUGGGGACCCAGUAGGCCAGCAUGGGCCCUGGCUGGCAGCAAAUAUGUGUCCAUCUCUUCUGCCUCAGGCAGCAUGGCCCUGGAUGUCAGGAAGGACUGACCUUGGGACCCUUCAGGACUCAUGUCCAGCCCACAAGGCCAGGCCCCUUCCCUAAUGCCUUCCCUUUCCCCAGAAGUGUAAGUUGUAAGGCCAGUCAGGCCGGAAGCACGAGGUGUCCUUUUUAUGCAUGAAAAGUAAAUUUGUACUUUAUAGAGCUAAAAUAUGAGCAUUUUUGUUUUUGUAAUUUCCCCCCUUAACCCAAUAAUUUGAGCCAAACAGGAUUCUUUUACUCCACCUGAUACUCCCACUGGAGGAGUAAUAUGUGCAUAAUUUUCUUAUUUCCUUUUAGUGGAAAAGUAAGAGAAGAGGUCAAAGAGGGAGAGACCUUAGUCCACAUGAGGUGGGGGGAUAGGCAGGGAUCAUAUUGUUCUCUCAUCCCCCAACUCACAAGUAAUUUACUUUCUGCCCUAAAACUCAGGGUCCGAUCUCAGAGGUGGAAGUCGCAUUGCAAACUCAGUAUCUUGCCAGGAAAAAAAUUUUUUUAGUUCAUAGAGUAAGCAAUGAAAACAGGUUCUUUUCCAUUCAGACUGCUUCUUGCCACCGGGUCCUGCCUGGCCUCCCACUUUUAGCUGAGACCUAAAAAUGACACUACGGUAGAGAAGUACGUGGGGGAGUUGGUGGAAGGUCCCCAAGGCUUGGCUAUGGGGUAUGGGCCACCUUUCCUGGCAGGUCCCAGCACUGGUCUGGAUCUCCUGUGGGCCGCCUCUGUUCCUCAGCAGUCUGGCUGGCUGGCUAGUCACCUUUGGAACAGGCAAACGCCCACAAAGAGGCAUUUUUCUGGUGGUUUUUUCACGUCUUUGCCUGAGAAUAAAAAAUUGCUUCUGUCUACCUUUAGUGUAUCUAAUAAUUAUAUUAUUUGGUGUAAUAAAUGCCUAGAUUUUAAAAAUCCAGCAUAACUUUGACUUCGUGCAUAUUUAUUUCCUUUUAGGUCUAGGCCAUGGGUAGGAGAGCUGUAUACAGCACAUAGAGAAGGAAAACUUCAGAGUGAGGUGAAGGCUGUGGAGUCAGUGCCUUUGGAGAAGCUGGCCGUUUAGCCAGAAAAUUCAGAAAACAUGCCUGCCCUGUGGAGCUGGGGAAAGGAGCUGGCUUUUCCUAGGUCUCCAGAGAUCAAGCUUGGGCUGGCCUGGGCCAGGCAGAAAGUGGCUCAGUUCCAUAGUCUGAUGCUCAGACCCUCAGCCUAGAGGCAAAACUGAGACCUCCCACCCUCAGACCAGCCACCUCUUUUCACAGUGGGAAUGUUGACCAAGCCCUGGUUGUUGUGAGGACAAGGGGCAAGGCCUGGCCCAGAAUGUUGGCAGCCCGACUCCCCCAAGUCAGCCCAGACAGGCUGUGAUUUGCCUGCAGAUUCCUUUGUGUGAGUGGAAUGCAGAAAGAUUGGUGAAUGGGAAUCCUUCUCUCCUUAAAACCCACAUCACAGAUGCCAUCAGCAAGACUUGGCCUAUAAGGUCUCAGUUCCACAUUCCCACAGGUGCCCACACAUUUGGCAAAGUCCUCAGUGGGGUAGCAGGGACAGGAUCCCACUUCUGCUUUGGCGGGAGAGUCAGGGUGGUGGCCAGCUUUUCCUCAGCCGAGUCAUGGCCAUCAAGUUGCAGGCCUGGCUUGGGGUGGAUCUGUUCUUAGAACUGGUCCCUGAUUUAAGUGUGAGAAGGAAUCUCUCAGCAGCAAUGCUCUGCCUUUGACUAGAGCUUUAAAUGAAAAAAAGAGACCCUCCCCCUAUUCCCUCUAGAAUGCAGGCAUCUGUUUCUCCUGCUGGUUGGUAAGUAGGAAAUCAAAUCUGAAAUGUUCCUGAUACAGCAGCCAGGAUCAUUAAGAAGAUGUUCAACCAGGAACCCAGUUCCCAAGGCCCGAGGCCAUAUGUUUUCAAUGAAAACACCACAAUCAGAGUAAAGGCCUAAAGGGGAAAAGUAGCCACUCUCCCUUCCAUUUAAGCUUCUGCCAUUUCUCACACAAAUGGAGUUGUGUGUUUUUUAAUCCUCACCCAAAUAUAUGUUUUUCCUUAAUCCCAGAGAAAGGGGAAGCGAGAGGGAGAGAGUAAGAGAAUUAAACCCGAGACCUUUGGUGCACGGGACAACACUCCAACCAACAGAGCCACACUGGCUAGGGCUGGGGUUAGAUAUUCAGGGACUUCACUGGCCAUGUGUCAAAAGAAGGAAGACUCUAAUUUCCUCUGAUCCAGUCAUCCCACUGGCCCAUCCUGUUUUCCAUCCUUUCCCACCCCAGCCAGCAUUAUCCCAGACGGGGGAAAAAAAAAAAAACUUAGCCUUUCUUAACGGGAGUUGGUGUCCUCCCAGGCUGCUCUGCAGGACCUGCCUGAAGUGGGUGAGAGAGAGAGCUGAGUGCUUGAGUGCGGUGUGGGGAUGAAUGGGGAUAUGCAGGUCACCUGUGGGCCUUCAGCCACAUGGAAGAGCCUGUUAGCAUAUUCCUGGUGCUCACUUCCACAGUCCCAGCCCUGCUCUAAGUAACAGGGGGCACACUAGCCAGGGAAGUCUCCUUACUUGCUGGAGAGCUGUGAGGUUUCUGGCUUACCAAAGGCUUUAACGUAUUCUCCAAAUACAGCUCCUGCAAAGCUUGAUUUGUCCUCAAGGUGAAUCCAAAUCAUGUAGGGUUUUCGUUUUUAUUUUGAGAGAAAGAUUGAUCUGUUGUUCCACCCAUUCAUGUAUUCAUUAGUUGACUCCUUGUAUGUGCCCUGACCAGGGAUCAAAUCCGCAACCCUCGGGUAUCAGGAUGAUACUCCAACCAACUGAGCCACCCAGCCAGGGCAUAAUCUUGUCAAGCAAUUUUCUUUGUCAAAAUGAAGGAUUUGUUAUUUAUUUUAAGGACCACUUGGAAGGUCAGGCUUAUUCUUUUGUCAUUUGUUAGGUCCUGGUUCCUGAGAAAUGAUUUGCUGCUCUUCUUGAUGGGGCUUCAGAUUGUGUAGAGGAAGAUGGGUCAGUGAUGGGGGGACCUGGGGACUUUAGCAUCAGCCUGGUCCUGGGGACCUGGUCCUCUGCACACAGGCAGUUUUCAGAUGAUGCCCUGAUGCAAAUGGGGAAGAAAAUAGGGCUUUGCUUACCAAAAAGAAAAAGGGGGGAGGGGCACAAAAAUGUAGUUGGUUUACACUGUGGUGAAGUCCUACUUGCUGGUGGGAGGGCCAGCUGGUUCAAUCUUUUUGGAGGACGAUGUGGGGACACCUAUCAAAAGCCUGUAAGUGUCCCAUGCUUUGACGCAGCAGUUUCAAAUGGUUUGAAAAUUUUUUAAAAGGAUAACAUUUCAUGACAUGAAAUUUAUAUGAAAUUCAAAUGUCA